AUGAGACUUGAUUUGUUCCUCCUUUUUUGUGUGUCACCAUGUUUGUAUACCUUUUUUGUUAAGGGACAUGAUGAAUAUCAAGGGGAUGUGGAAAAAAUAAAUAUGAAUGAUAAAAAAGGAAAUGUCAGUAUUCAUGAUUAUUUAUAUAAAAUUGGAGAUGAAGAAAAAACAAAAGACAGAUACCAUAAUAAAUUAAAUGAUAAUAUAACAGAGGAUGAUGAACAUAAUACAACCCUAUUCCCAAAAGCGGAAGAAUUGUAUACAUUUUUAACAACAGAAGAAAUGAAAGGAAAGAAUAGAAAUAUUUUUAAUCACUUAAAGGGAUCAGUAAUAAAAAAUAAAAUGACAAAAGCAACUUUUUUAGAUUUAUACAAAUCUGCAAUGAAACACUUUGAUAUAGAUGGAUAUACCUUUUUAUUAAAAACGGUAAUGCAUAAAAAUUAUAAUGAUCGUUUUGUUGAAAAGGUGAAGAAAGUAAAUGAGUAUACAUCACACUGUGAUGAAGGUGUAGUAGAAAAGGAAUAUGAGGAUACAAUGAAAAAGAAAAACAAAAGAAAAAAUAAAUAUACAUAUGAAAAUACUAAUGAAAAUAUUAAUAGUUUACAGAAUAAUAGUGGAGUGGAAUAUCCUGGAGGACCUAUAAGAUCUACUUAUGGUAAUAAUUUAUCUAAAUGGAUGAAGGAUUCUUUAGAAGAUAUUAGAACACCAGAUUCUAUUAAAGAACCUGGAUUAGGUAAUAUGUUAAUACAAAGUUUAACAAUGGUUAAAGGUUUUAUACAAUCUGUUGCAAGUUCUGUAGUAGAUAUUGUACCUCCAUUAAUUCCUCCACCUAUAUGGAUUAAUAGACCUUUACCAUGCUUACCUAUGAUAACAGGAAAAAAUUGUUUAGGUUCUAUUUUGUAUCCAAUCACCGCAGCAGAAUUUAUUACUGCAGAUAUAACAGAUUCUAUAAUGAACGGAAUAAUAUCAAGCUUUCCAUCUAAAUAUGCUAGUAAAAUAGGUAAAACAUCAGAAACACAAUAUAGAAUAUGUGCUAUGGCUUAUUUAGGUAUGUAUUGUGCAUCCCUUUUUCCUAUAUGUUGGUUACCUAUAGGAUUAAAAGUUGCAGAAACUAUGCCUAUAUGUUUUCCGCAAUGUUUAGCUACCUUAAUUGCAUGCCCAGGAUUCUGGAUAGAUGAUAUUGAAGGACCUUGUAAUAAUACAUCUGUUCCUCCAUUUUGUUCUUUUUCAAUAUUUGUUAAUCAAAAACUAGUACCUCCUCAAUUAACAUCUUAUGAUAAUUCACAUUUAUAUCCCUCUACAUGCCCAUCAAAAGAUGAAGAUUAUGAUACACCAGAUGAUUUAUAUGAACAUAAAAGCAGUGAUAUAAAUAAUGUAGCAGUUAAAGAAAAACAAAAAUAUUUACCUAAAAAAAUAGCAUUACCAAAAUAUCCAGAUUUAAUACCUAAUAUAAAUCCUUAUAAACAACAUGAUAUCGAACAUGUAGAAAAAUGUAAAUGUAUGGAUAUUAUACAAAUGUGUAAGCUAAAAUAUGCUAUACCAGUUAUAAAAAACACUACAAAUAUUAUCUAUAAAAAAUAUGAACAACCAACAGAAAUGUCAUCUAAACAAAAAAAAUGUUGUCACACAUGUAAACCAAUAUGGAAAAUUCUUUUCCCUUCUAAGAAUAUAAUAAAUUUGAAAGGCUCUCCUGUAUAUCCCAAAGGAAAUAAUAUUUUCUCGAGUAUAAUACGUAAAUAA